GGAGGGAAAUGGUUGCAUUUGUCAGUGCUCUGCUGUGGUGCUUUUGCUUAGCAUGGCACUUGUGUUGAGGGGUUUGAGGCAGUUUGGGGAUAGAACGAAGCUUCAGACAGGCCACAAAAAAAAAAAAAUCUUCUGUCCCAUUCCUCCCCUGGUCGGGGGAAUGUUUUAACUUACAGAGCCCUGAAAGAGUUAAGAGAGCCCCUUUUGUUGCAGAGGCAGGGGAUUGUCUGCUAGUGAAUUUGAAAAAUAUUGGGCUGGUGUGGUGGUGGCAGUGCGGGUGAGGGGCUGGAACAGUAUUUUUGUCUUUACAAAGAAAACAGGCAGACCUAGCAGCGGGAGGCCCAGCAUUCCAAUGACCUUGGCUUCUCCUGAGCUCUCUGUGCAAAAUCCAUGUAAUUCUUCCUUGUCGUUUUCCCCGCCCAAUACACUGUACAUGGUAUUUUCCCAAAAAACACUUGCAUCAGUCUGGUGCUUUUGAGCAACUCUCCAAUAACAAGCCAGUGUACACAGCUUGCCCCUCCAAUCACAAACUAGCAUGUGAGGGGCAUUCAGAGAAGGUCCAAAAGACAAAUCCUGUGAAGAAAGACUGAAAAGAUGGGGAUUGUUUUACCUUUGACAAGAAAGAAGAGGGGACAUGAUAAAAGUAUAUAAAGUUGGGACCUUCUGUUGUUCCCAUCUCCUAGCCUAAGAACAAGGGGACAUUCAAUGUGAUGAAAAGGUGGCACAUUCAAAACUGAUGAAAGGUUGCAUGAAAAAGCGUAUCAUUGGACUGUGGAACUCACUGCCACAGGAAGUUGCAGAUAGGCCAAGAAUUUAGGUAGAUUCAAAAAGGAAUUGGACGUUUCUAUGGACGGCAAGAAUAUCGUGAGUUUAUAAUAAUGAAUGCUGAUAAAAAAAAAUGGGAAGAGAUAUUAAACCAUAGGUUUUAGGGUUAAGCCAAUCUGAAAGUCUCACCUGGAUCUCAAAUAGUUAAUGUGGGGGGCAGAUUGGCCUACAUUUGCUUACUGAGUGGUAUUUAUCCCUCUCUCUGAAAGUACUGGCCACUGUCAGAGGUGGGACGCUGAACUAAAUGGACCUCGGGUUUGAUCUAGUCUGGCAAUUCCUCUGUUCAAUGGAGGUUCUAAGUAUCCGGGGAGCCCAGGAAGAGGAGCCCACAGACCCGCAGCUGAUGCGACUGGACAACAUGCUGUUGGCAGAGGGCGUGGCAGGGCCUGAGAAAGGAGGAGGUUCAGCAGCGGCUGCGGCCGCAGCAGCAGCAUCCGGAGGGGCUGGCUCAGACAAUUCCGUGGAGCAUUCUGACUACAGAGCUAAACUCUCGCAGAUCCGACAGAUUUACCACACGGAGCUGGAGAAAUAUGAACAGUUUUUCUUGCCGUCCCAGGCGUGCAACGAAUUCACCACCCACGUGAUGAACCUCCUGCGCGAGCAGAGCCGGACCCGGCCCAUCUCACCAAAGGAGAUUGAGCGGAUGGUCAGCAUCAUCCACCGCAAAUUCAGCUCCAUCCAGAUGCAGCUCAAGCAGAGCACGUGCGAAGCCGUCAUGAUCCUGCGCUCCCGAUUUCUAGAUGCGCGGCGGAAGAGACGAAACUUCAACAAACAGGCUACGGAAAUCCUGAAUGAGUAUUUCUAUUCCCAUCUCAGCAACCCUUACCCUAGUGAGGAAGCCAAAGAAGAGCUAGCCAAGAAGUGCGGCAUCACAGUCUCACAGGUAUCAAACUGGUUUGGAAAUAAGCGAAUCCGGUACAAGAAGAACAUAGGUAAAUUUCAAGAGGAAGCCAAUAUUUAUGCUGCCAAAACGGCUGUCACUGCUACAAAUGUGUCAGCCCAUGGAAGCCAAGCUAACUCACCCUCAACUCCCAAUUCAGCUGGUUCUUCCAGUUCUUUUAACAUGUCAAACUCUGGAGAUUUGUUCAUGAGCGUGCAGUCACUCAAUGGGGAUUCUUACCAAGGGGCCCAGGUUGGAGCCAACGUGCAGUCACAGGUGGAUACCCUUCGCCAUGUUAUCAGCCAGACAGGAGGAUACAAUGACGGGCUCGCAGCAAGUCAGAUGUAUAGUCCGCAGGGCAUCAGUGCUAAUGGAGGUUGGCAAGAUGCUACUACCCCCUCAUCAGUGACCUCCCCCACAGAAGGCCCUGGCAGCGUCCACUCUGAUACCUCCAACUGAUCUCCCAGCAAAUCGCAUCCCUGGCUGACCCCAGCCCCAUUCAGGGCCGGGGGUGGGAGGGGAGGGUGCUCUCCUGACACUGAAGCAGUCAGACUGGAGGUGGAACCAAUCGGCUAAAUACAAGAGUCGCCUUCUCUUCUCUUCAUUGGGAUGCUUUUUUCAGCCAAUCUGGACACUUCUUUAUACUCUUUUUCCCUUUCUUUUCUGGGCAGAAGUCACCUCUCCUCUCGCCACCACUCCCUCCCCAACCUUCUCCCUGAAGGAUAUUUUCAACAGUUAGAAGAAUUUAAAAAGGGGGAACAAAAACAACAACAACAAAAGCAUCUGUCCAUUUCCAUGCUGGUGUUUUGAGGAGCCAAAAUUUACCUCAAUCCUUUGCUAACAGGCAACCCACUUCCUUCAGCUUCUCUUGCGCUCACACUACCUCUUAGCAGGAAUACUUCACAUCCGCUCUCUCUUCUGCUGCUGCUUCACCACUCUUCUGGUUCUGGGGACAGAGCUAACAGGACGCUUCCCUGUUCUGAAGCGAUCCCAAAACCUCAGUGAGUCACCCCCGGGGCAUUUCCAGUGACAGGGCGGAUAAAUGCAUUCCCAGUGCUGCCAGGCAUGUAGGAAAAGGGAGCAAAACUCCUCUGCUGAGGCUCUCCUUGCUUUCAAAAGGUACCAGGACACUGUGCUUGCAAACAGGUGUAAACAGCAAACGCUAACCCUUCCCUCUGCCACCGUGCUUUGCCUCAGACCCCAAACACCAGCCGUUCAGCUCUGCAGCAAACACACAUGGCAUUUGCCAGUGUACAAAGGAACCAAAAAUAGCCAAUAUUCUUUGAAUCAUGGUACUUCUAGGAAGGAAACAGCAGAGAGCAGUGAGUGAGAAACUGUGGGCAUCUGUAAUGCUAACACUUAGCACUCAGAUAGUUUUAUCCAAUCAAAGCGCUGCAGAAACACCGAUGAGCGAUUGAUGGGGAUGAGGCCGAUUUGCACGACACUUAUGUCUGUAGUGUCUUUUCUUGUUGGCACCGAGAGCGUUGCACUGAAAAGCAAGCCAGGCCUGGCCCGUGUUGUGUUCUGAGGGGGUGUGCAUGCCUACCUGCUGGGGGGCUGGAUGGGCCCUGGGGUGCCCCUUCUGCAGUUACAGUGAGAAACAGGCUCAUGUACCCAUUGGUACAAUUUAGCCCUUAAAAGAUGUUCAGAUAGCAUCCUGUGAAUUAGCAGGCAUGAAUGUUCCUUAUAGCCAACAGAUGAGCAGUGAAGACUGAAGGGUGAGGGGAGAGAUGGAUGCACACAGCCAAUACGUAAGUUGAAUGGACUGGAUACUUUCAGUAGCUAUUAAUAAACCAGGUCUGUUUUUGUCAGGGGGGAAAAUGCCCCAUAAACUAAAUAAUUUUCUAGUUUGGGGAUUUCUUUCACAUUAAAGUGCCGGUUUCAGUCCCGCACCUUUUUGUGAAUCUAAGAUGUGACAUGAUAAGUACUAAAAUAAAUCAUGUAACAUCCACCCAGCCAAUCGGCACCCAGGAUCUUUCAGCAUUUUGUAGCAGGAGGGUUUGCGCCCAGUGUUGGUUCUCCUGCAGUGCAGUCAGCUGUAGGGAGGAGGGGCUCCUGAUUGGCCAAGAAGGAGCCAGGGUUUAUUCCUGGUGCAACGUUCCAUUGCACACUAACAAAACAAAAUGAGAUAAGGAGGGGAGGGUGCAGCCAAGAGUAACUUUUGCAACAGAGUUAAAAUAGAUUGAUCUUUGUCUUCAGCUGGAGGCCUCUCUGGUGUGAGGGUGGCAUGUCAAAUGGAUGAACAUAAAGCAGGGCAGCUCCGGCAGCAAGCCCUCCUGGGCAGGAGGGCAGCCUGCAUUUA